GCGGCCCCGGGGUGGGGCCGAGGCGCCGCCGCUGCACCGCCGCGGCCUGGCCAUGCUGGACUUCGCCAUCUUCGCCGUCACUUUCCUGCUCAUCCUCGUGGGCGCCGUGCUCUACCUGUACCCGGCAUCUAGGCAAGCAUCAGGUAUCCCUGGGCUGGCUCCAACUGACGAAAAGGAUGGCAACCUGCCAGAUAUCAUUGUCAGUAGCAGUUUACAUGAGUUUCUUGUGAACCUUCAUGAGAAAUAUGGGCCACUGGUCUCCUUCUGGUUUGGAAGGCGUCUUGUUGUCAGCCUCGGCUCCAUUGAUCUCCUGAAACAACAUAUUAACCCCAACCGAUUGUUGGAUCCCUUUGAGACAAUGCUGAAAUCCCUCUUGAGGUACCAGUCCAGCCUGAGUGGGGAUACAGGAGAGAGCCACAUGAGGAGAAAACUGUAUGAGAACAGUGUGACCAAGUCCUUGCAAAGUAACUUUGCUCUCAUCCAGAAGCUGUCAGAAGAGCUGCUGGCCAAAUGGCUGUCUCUCCCUGAGGCACAACAUGUGCCACUCUGCCAGCACAUGCUGGGCUUUGCCAUGAAGUCUGUCACGCAGACAGCUAUGGGCAGCAGCUUUGAAGAUGACCGGGAAGUCAUCCGAUUCCGCAGGCACCAUGAUGCAAUCUGGUCAGAGAUUGGAAGAGGUUUCUUGGAUGGGUCUCUUGACAAAAACAUGACUAGGAAGAAGCACUAUGAAGAUGCUCUGGUGGAGAUGGAAUCCAUCUUAAGGAAGGUUACAAAGGAGCGCCGAGGCAGAUCAUUCAACAGACAUGUCUUUAUAGACACCUUGCUGCAGGGGAGCCUGAGUGACCAGCAGAUUCUGGAAGAUACAAUGAUUUUCUCUUUGGCAGGAUGUGUAAUCACCGCUAACUUGUGUACCUGGGCAGUCUAUUUCCUGACAACCUCAGAAGAUGUUCAGCAGAAUCUCUACAAGGAGAUGGACCGUGUUCUGGGGAAGGGACCAAUUACACUUGAGAAAAUUGAGCAGCUCAGGUACUGUCGGCAAGUCCUGUGUGAGACAGUGCGGACAGCAAAGCUCACCCCCAUUGCUGCACAGCUGCAGGAGCUGGAGGGCAGAGUUGACCAACAUACUAUCCCCAAAGAGACACUUGUGCUUUAUGCUCUUGGUGUGAUGCUGCAGGAUAGUUCAUCUUGGCCAUCACCAUACAAGUUUGACCCAGACAGAUUCAAUGAGGAAUUAGCCAUGAAAAACCUCUCCUUGUUGGGUUUCUCAGGAAGCCAGGAGUGCCCGGAGUUGAGGUUUGCCUAUAUGGUGGCCACAGUUCUGCUGAGUGUCCUGGUAAGGAAACUGUAUCUCCACCCAGUGAAAGGACAAGUCAUGGAGGCAAAAUACGAACUGGUAACCUCACCAAAGGAGGAAGCCUGGAUAACGGUGUCUAAGAGAAGCUAAGAGAAUACAGAACAAGGGGUUAAAAGUGACAGCAGUGAAGUUCUGAGUAAGGGUCUUAAUAAGAAUCAUACUGGCACCAAGGAAUUUUAUAUCCAGAUUUUUUUACCUUCAAUAUUCUUAACCUCAUGCCUAUCUUGGGUACUUUCUCUAAUUCAACCAUUAGUCAUAUUAAAGUAGAUUUAUCUACAUGUCUUUUUUAUAUUUGCUUUUGGAUCUCUGGCCAAACCUUUGCAAGGAAGCAACAAAAUCUUGCAGUGGUAUAUGUAUGAACUAAUGUUUCAACUAGUGAAGGACCAGAGCUCUGGUUAACCCAGCCGCUUUCCAAUAGCAGCCAGAGCUGGGUAAGAGUGCCCCUCUUAUCCAGUGGAAUUCUUCUUCCUGAAUCCUAGCUAAAUAAGACCUUGAAGACACAAGGUCAAAGCCUUUCUCUAUAUAUAGGUAUUUUUAUUCAAAGUGUCUUUCCCUCCCUUGAGCUAUAUCUGUCAGGAAGAGCAGAUAUAUCCUGUGAGAAGUAUGUGUGAGUGUGAGAAAGAGAGAAAUAAAGUGGGGUGGGAAUAGCACCACUAGUUGUCAUGCUGUGUAAUCUCGCUAUGCUGUGGGGUUGCAAGAAAAAGAAUGACUGAGAAAUGCUAGUAAAUCAAGAAGAAUAAAAUUGGUUUGGCCCCUGAGAAAACAGAAGCAUCAGUAAUAAUAUAAUGAAAUGAAAUAAAACUGCAGAGCAAAGCCCCAAGAAAGGGAGUCUAUCCUGACAAUUCCGAGGGCAGUGUCUAAUCUGAUCAACAUCAGAAAUUGACAGAUGCUUGCAAUUUAUUCAGCACUGGGUCAGUAUGAGACUGGUUAUGCAAAUACUGGAGAGUGCUGAUUUCAUAGGGCUCCAGAUUAAUGUUGUACUUAAUAACUUAAAAGCCUUUCAAAGAAUCCUCUUCCUCCUCCAAAAUGUGUGCUUGCCAAAGGAGCAUCAAAUGCUGCAUAUUCAUAUGCUUUUUCCUGCUUCUUCCUUUCUUUUUUGCCAAUCAUAGGAUAGCUCCAUUCAGAGCCCCACUGAAUGGUUUGCAAGGCAGGAACCUCCUACCCCAUCAUCACAUUGGAGUAAUUGCCGUCUGACUUACUGUUCACGUUGUGGUUCUUCCCUUUUUUCUCUUACAUUUCUCUCUUUAUCUGAUCUUUUUAAGCCUUUUGUCCAUACACCUGACUUCUCUGUUAUCUCCAGUUCCUAGCCCCCUUCCCAGCCAGCAGCUGUGUGGUGGUAGGUGAGGGGUUUCUCAGCCUGCAGCUGUGUCUGCUUAAGCCAUACACAGCUGCCUGUGCACCACAGAGCAGGCCAAGAGUGUGUGCCUCCCAUUAGAGCUGCUUUUACUGCUUGUGGAGACAGAGUACACGUAACUGGGAACUGCAGUUUUUAUUUCUGCAGAUGUUGGUAUUUUCACCGGUACCUUCCAGGUCAGGAAAUCUGCUGCUCUUUUAAAAAUGUUUUUGCUCUUGUCUGAGGUGUGCCAGCCUGAAUGCAGUCCUGUCAGCUCUUACAGGGUUAACAGCUGAUGCCAUCCUCUGUGGGCACCAGACAAAGACAAUUCUGCUCUUGGCUUUAACAUGUCAGAUCUGCUUUUGGUGGAGCUGUGGAGAUUCAGAUGCCCCCCAGUGUAGCUUCUGUUGGGGAAGAGUGAUACAGAGAUGUUAGGCAGAAAAAGGGGAGUUGUGCAGUUCAGCUUCCUGUCUUUCUUGCAUUGAUUUUUAUAAUGAACUGCAAGAAAGCUCUUGCUAAUCUGACCUCCACUUCACUAAAGGUUGGUCAUGUCCCCAGAUGGCAAUUCAUGUUAGCCUUUGCUUCACUGCUUAUGCAAAAAGGCCUAUUUUUCUUGAAGGUUGCAGAUGUUUCCCAAACCUUCUGGAAAAAUCAGUGUGGUAAAGAAUUUAAUUUUAAAACAUUCCUGGAUGUGCAGAGGAGGCAAAACAAAGACUAAGUUACUGCCUUCUUUGGAAAAUAUGGUGGGAUAGCAUUGUCCCUGCUAGGAACAGCACAAGGAAUAUAAUUGGGUGAUGAAGACCUGCUUUAGGAGUGACGCUUUCAAACACUAGGAAAGUUUCCCAAGUGUAAUUGUCCAGAUUUCUGUUACAGCAUUUCUCUGCCUUGUGGAGCUGAUCAAACUGCCUUGCAACAGCCCCUUCCCCAGUUACAGGAAUCAAAACCAGGAGUGAGUCCAUAUAAUUUUUUAUGAAUUUUCCAUUAGCCUGCACCCAUAGGCUGUGCUCAGUCUGGACCAGUGAUCAAGCCUGCUACAGGAGUCUGUGACUGAUAGAGGAGAAGAAUGUGGCUCAGUGUGCUGGAGAAAGCCAGUGAUCAGUUUGUGUUUGCUCAAAACUGCUGUCAAAAAAACACCCUGACUUACCAGUUAAGGAAAUGUGUUGAGCAUAGAGGGAAAGGAGGGGGGUAAGGCACUUUCAGGCAUUUGUAAUGCACUGCUGGGAGUGACACUGAGGUCGCAGCCACAUUGCUGAAGUCUGUAGGUUUCCAUUCCUUGCUCUAUGUGUGUCAGUCACUUCAGACAACCCAACUAUGGCGGUUUAGUGGAACACUCAUCAGCCCAGCCAUGGAUCCUUGUGCAGCAAAGUCCUUUUUUUGUAUGGGAAUGUUCAUGGAAUAAGAGCUUUCUUAGGAAGUGUUAAUCUGUUUUGAUUUGAAGAUUGACAUAUCAGCUUUCUCCCAUUUCUGCCCUCAUCCCUUGUCUGGCGUGCACUGGUUCUUGCUGGGCCUGGUUUCCUAAGGACUUGUGUUCAUAGGGUGUGUCCCCUCCCCACUAACUUCUGGCCAAUUUCCCCUUUCUCUUACAAGAACUAACUUCUGAGCCCUAGGGCCACACCAGCUGCAUUUGACAGGGAUUUAAAUUUUCUACACUGUUGUGUUCCUGCAGAUUUUGUGAGGAGAGAAGAUGACUGGGAUGGGGGUCUAUGCUAGCCAUGUCACAAGAUUGUGGGCACAGCAUUGUUGAUGCCAGCCCGGGGAAAAGCCUGAGUCAGUGCCUGCACUGAUGGAGGUGUAACCAGUCUCAGGAGCCCACUCAACAGAGCACAGGGGUUUGUCAGUGCUGCCCAGACCCACACACAUGUAUAAAGUCCAGAGAUGCCUUCUGCCUGUUAUGUGGGGAUAUGGGCAAGCAUUGCAACCCGUGCAAAGAAAUGUCUUAGUCUAGGAAGAAAGCCAAGAGGGGGAGGUUGCUUCUAGAAUAUAGGGAAUUGUUGCUUUUUAUGCUUCAUAUUCCUGCUCUACAACAGCAAGCUGCUUUACGAAUUUGACAGGAUGGUUUUGAAAAGCACACAGAAAAGCUGUCAUUUCAUUCCUUAGACUCUUUCUGUAGGACAAGUUUCUACAGAGAGCUGCAAACUCAGGAAAGUUAAGAGCCCAAGUGUAUCUCUGCGCCUGUGCAACCUGCUGCCCUCAGAAGCAGACAGGUAGUGGGAGCAGCCAGGCCAUUGCUAAUGCUCUUUAUGACUGGCAAAGCCUUUUACUUUUGCCCCUUGUCCUGGUGGCAGCUGGUGAGGCAGUUGUUAGCAAUUUUGAGCAGAGCAGACAGUUUACUGACUAGCCUCCCAUUGCCUCCAAAAUACCCAUGAAUGCCAUUAUCUCUACAUUUUAAUUAACAUGAGCUACAUACAGAAGCACCAUUGCAAAUUAAUAUACUGUUAAUAAUAGUAAUAUCCUUCUGUUCCCAGCAGUUUAAGGACUUGCUGGCAGUGGCUGUGGCACGCACCACAGAGUUUAGGGCUACAUGUUUUAUUUUCCAUUGUUACAUAGAAAGGAUGGUCUUGGCAAUUUCUGUCUUACUUGCUGCAGAAGUAAAUGUUGGUUAUAGGGCAGGGUGGAUGUUUGCUGAUUUGAAGUCCCUUGGGCAGCUGUUGUGCCAGUUCCCCAACAGCUGUGCAGUUACAUGAACUUGGGGCUGUUGGCAGUCCAAAUUGGGAAAACACUCACCUGCAUAGUCAAUUAUUGACUUCCUUUUUGUGCUCAGAUUGUCUUGUGGCUUUGGGACAAAAGGAAGGUGGUACAUACUUUCCUGAAUACCUUCAGGAAAAAAAGGAAAAUCUUCAUUACUUGAGGGUUAUGCUACCAGGAAGUGAAACUGUUUUAAUGACCAUGGCAGCUCCUGUUCUUUCCACUUGUCCAAAGCAAGAACUUUUGCUAGAAAAGAUUCCAGGCAUUUCUCUGGAGCCUGAGAACCCAUCUUGACACCUCUUUGUUAUUAAGCUUGGGAGUGGGUUUUAGCAAUGACUUUUCAACUAAACAAAAGGCCUGUUUGACAUCUCUUAGAAUUCAAUGCCAGGGUUUUGGUGGUAGCAGACAGAGAAGAGGAACUACCACAUGCAGGAAAAAGAAAGACGAAGAAAAUGUUCUUCACAUAUGGAGGGUGGGGAAGAAGACACGGUAAAGGUUUCCAUAGCAACAUUCCUUGAAGAGAAGUAUUUUUAAAUCUGUGAAUUUUAGCAUCAGAAACACAGUUGUGUUUCCCACAAAAAGAUUUGGGGGAGGGCUGGAGUGGAAAGAAUUUUUCCCCCUACUUUUCAGGUCAUUCUAGUUUCUUUUACUGAGGAGCCUGCUCCCAAGAUAAAUGAAGUAUGUGUGAUUUCUAUGAUCUUAAUGCUCCUGUAAGAAAGCCUGCUUCCAGGAGCAGGAAGCAUCAGUCAUAGUUCUAUAUCUGCUCCAACAUCUUUGGCGCAAGCACUUGAUCAUCUCUUUAAUGGGAAAAGUAGUUCAAAUAAAUCAAUGCUAGACCACUUAAAAGUCACAAGGACAAAUCUUGUAGGAUUUUACAUUAAAACUAGUGUAACUUGGCACAAAAUCUUAAUUUUAGUUGAUGUACAGUUAAGUGAUAGUAGUUGUGAUGAGGUAGCUGAGGCCUUUUGCCUUGGCCAGAGGAGAGGGUGCAGAACUGAAAGAGCAGAGAAACCAUCUAAAAGAUGUCCCUGAUGAACAUCUUGGUUACUUUGAUGAAAGUGAAGUGGUGAAACAUGCCUGUAGUAGGACAAGUGAUGCUCCAGUGACACACAGAAUGCUUGCUCUUACUGUGGGGGUGUCAGUGCUGGGGCCACCUCUGAACCUCUCUGAAGCUUCUCUGCUCCGGUCUCUGCAGUGCAGAGCAACUCACGGGCAUUGGCACGCUCUGCUCCCACCUCCCUGCUGGCAUCCAGGCAGGUCAGCUCUGUCACGAGCCUGGCACAUCCAAUGCUGUGCCUGUUUGGCUGCUAACUUUGAAGUCUCACCAAAAAAGGUUUCUUUUUUUUUUUUUUUUUUUUUAAAAACAGUUGCUUCCAGUUCAGUGGUGACUCAGACACUGCAGCAAGGAUGAAGUGAUCAUCUUCCCCUUCAGAGCUUUACAGCAGAAGGCCCUGAGUAUUCUCUCUAAAAGAGGGCUUGGUGAGCCCAGCCAUCAACUGGAUUCAGUUCUUUGAUUUAACUGAUGGAAAAAGAUACUCCAGCAGUGCUGUGUACCUGCUAGCUCAGAGCCCGUGUUUCAGCAAUAGACUAAAUGAUUCCUAAAGUACUUUGUAUUCAGAAGCCCUGGGGAGGGGAGGCUGGGAGGGAAUGAAUAGUCAUACAAAAAACAGAAGGGACGAUUCACCCAUUAAGACUUUUUUUCUGACCAAACUUCUCUUGGCCAUGAAUCCAGGAAAGGAACAAAAAUCUAUUGCAAUAAUAAGAGAAAAAAAGUAAGUAAUAUUUGGCCAUUUAUCUUUUAGGGGGAAGGAGAGGAUGCAGAUAACGGUGUCUAAAAAAGCAAAAUUCAUACUGUCAAAAGUGUGGAAAUCAGUGCUUGGCAGCAUUGUUUCAUAUUGGCCAAGACCUGAUACAGAAUAAGCAAGGCUCAGAUCUAAGAGACUAAGAUCAACUUCCCUACAUCUUCACUGAUAAAACCUACCAGCAGCAGGUGCUUGGGGAGGAGUAGAGUGAGCCAUGAGAGUCAACAGGAGCUGACAGGGAUGCCUGCAAGAAUACAUCAUUGCCUAUCAUGGGAAACCAAUGGUUGCAGCCACCCCACAUUCAUUGAUAAGCGAGAUAUUUGGGAGCAGAGAGAGCACUUUGUUCUUCUGCUGUGCAGAAUUCAUACUGAAUUUGACAGACCCUGCACCUGGAUUUGAAGUACUGUUCUAAAAGGAGGAAGCAGAUUGAUUGCUUGUUAACAGAAUGCUCUAAAUUAACCUCAGCCAUGGGCCUGGUUCUGCAAUCCUUUGCAUGACUAUUAUUUAUGCUGUACAAUUGCAUUGAAUACCAUUGACUGUCCAAUAUGUUGGUCUGGCACAGCUGCACUGAAGUUCUAGUUGUGGCUUUCUGUUGUUGGAACCCAAGUUUUUGGAUCUGCUUGGAUACUUGGAUUUUGAAUACUCCCAAACAGUCAAGCACCUACUUGACUAAACACCUAGAUGUCUUUAUAAGUCUAGUAUUGCCAUAAUGCAAAGAAAAAAGGAAAUUAUAUGGAAGUUGUCUGGCCUCUGCUUUCAUAUCCCAGCAGUGAUAAGCAGGUAGAGUCUGUUGCUGUAUAUACACUGUAGUUCACAGUGAAUGCCUUUUUUGCUUGAGGAAGUUUGAUGGUGAUUUUUACAUAGUAAAGAUGAAAAUACUGCAAGCAUGCAUCACGCAUUAGCCUUUAUAUAUUUUAUAGCUGUACUGUUCCAGUGUGGCAAACUGAGCUGAGCAAUCACAUUUUCUCAAUUACCUUCAAGAACUGGAAAUCUUUAUCACCUCUGUGUUUGUUUCUCCCACUACUGCUGCACUGGUCUUCAAAUUGUCACCAGAGCUAAAAAUCUUCAUGCUGUAAAUUAAACUGUGAUUUCAAAAAAUUUUACAGUACAGUCUCCUCAUAAAACUCCACAAGUCUUUUUCUGAUGUGACUCACUCAAUUACUCAUGUGGGCAGACGUUCAGAUAAUAAAAGUGGUUAAUGGAAAGCUGUGAGAAAUACUGCUGGAUUCUGAGGAGGCAGCCAGGGGGAAUGUACCGUGGGUAUUUUAUCCUAAGAGCUGCUGAAUUCACUGAGCUCCCAGCCAUUUUUUUAAGAUAAAGAUUUCUCCAUUCUGCUUUUUGCUUUGUAUGAAAACAGCUUGAAAUAUCAGAUUGGCAACAGAGAAGCAAAAGCGCACCAGCUGUAUGUGUUUGCUCUUCUGCUCCUCUUCCUACAUAUUAGAGAUGAUAGCUAGUCUAUGCCCUGAAAUAAUCCCUUUAUCCUAGUGAUGUAUACACCUAAACAACAGUAUUCUAAUGAGCUGUGGAUUUCUGAAUCAAGGAGCACAACUAACAAGUGGCUAAAAAACCUCUUUCGCUGGAAGUGCCACGUAUACUGACAAGGAUCAGAUUUUUCUGGAAUUAAUAAAAUUAAGAGAUUUGGCCUUGAGAUUUGGUGUGCAAUAGGUCAGGAAAUACAUCUAGAAAACAGGUUUCAAUGACAUUUCAGUGAGUGCACAUUAGAGGAAUAUGUCACCUUUUGACAUUGGUGAGGCAGAAAGGAACAGAAAAGUAGUAAGGUGGAUGUGAGAGCUCCACUACCUGAUGAAAUUAUACAUGUGUGAUGGCUUCAAAGAGACUUAGAAUUAAGGCAAACUGGAACUAGUGUAAGUGGAUGAACUGAUUAUAGAGCUAAGGGCUCGCUGGCAUUUGCAGAAAUUAAUUCUUGGUUGUGUGGCUCUGAGGCUGCUAGAUUUUUGGGGGAUGUGCUGCUGCAGUUGCUGUGUGAGCCCAUUCCAACAACAAUGCUGGAUAUAGAAAGAGAGAAGACUUGAAGAUACGCUCAUUUUUGAUAUGAGCUGGGAGGGAGACUAUGGUUUGACUUGUAAAACAGAGCUUCUGGCACAGAGAAGCAGUGCAUGGAUGUUGAGGCUCUGGACCAGAGAAAGUAAGCUGUCAGAUUAUAUUUAGCAACUAUAUGCUGCAAGAAAGCACAGAGAGGGAAGAAGGGGAGCGAUUGCAUAGCUGAGUGCCAUGGGUAGUGAGCGCACAGAGCAGGGAAUGAGGCUGUUAAGAGAGGAUGAAUUGCCUUGGAGUUCCUGAUUCAAAUAAAUCUCUAUGUGAGGCCAGGUAUCUGCACAGGUGUGUAUGAUUCCUUUGAUUACCAGAGCUCAGCUUUAUUUAUCCAUCAGUAAUACCCUAGACUCCCAUUAGGUGAAGAGUGACCAGCCUGUGGCCUUCCAGUCAUUCCCCUCUGCCCUCACUCUAGGGAUGUCUCCUGCAGCAAUCCCAUUCCUAGCUGGGGAAGCAGUAGUCUCAGAGGGGCUCUUGAAACCAAUGUCCUAAGGUGCUGUACAGCCCAGUUGCACACCCAGCUCAGUCCUAACCCACUAGAAUCUUGUUAGCUAAGGCUGUCAUCUGCAAAAUAGGUUAGGUUACCCUGCUCCAUUUGAAUUCAGGGAUGUGAAUCCUCCAUUGUGUUUUCUGGAAAGCCCAGUCCUAAAUAGAUAAAGAUGGAAAAAAAAUUUCUUACACCUGUGUGAGACAAAUCAAACCUUACAUGCUGACACAUGGCAGCUGAUCAUUUGAGUCCUGUCAUAUACUCCAGGGUGCAGAGAUUGUAAUUUUGACUAGUUUACAGCUGGAUGGGCGCAGCUUAGGUUCUUAACUCGUUCCUGCUAAAAGCUCACUUGUAUGAUUCAGAGAUGCUUUUGCCUUUGAAAUAAAUAAAGCCUUUAAGCUCCCUCUCAGAGGAGACGUGUGGGGAGGCCUGGCUGCCUUCUGUGCAUAAAUAUUUCUGUCAAACUGGGUUCAGACUCAGGUGGGUGAAACGACUGCGCCCAUGGGGAGCCAUCAGUCUCCACCUCCUGUUAGGCAGUACUGCAUCACUGAGAUUUGUGUUGUUACCAUACUGUCAGAAUUAGCUGUGGGUAAGAGAAAGGGCUGAAAUGCUCCUGUAUGUUCGCCAAACAGGAGGACAGAGCAGCUGGGGGAGGAGGGAGAUGAAGACAGUAGUAGUGAAGAGAAGCUGUGCAAGGAGAGGCUGCCUUUACAGCCUUUGGAAAGGGGAUUGCUUGUCCAGGUGUGUGAUAGGAGGAAAGAUGACUUCAAAGAUGUGAUUAAUUAUGCUUCCUCUGCAAGGGAGAGUUAUGCUAGUUACAGAAACAACACACAUUAGGUUUGGUGGCUCCUAAGAAUAUGCAAAGUCAUAAAAUACUUUUAAAGUGGUUUAUGUGGUAAAAGCAGGAUUACAAACAGAACAGGAUUAGAAAAGCUUCAGGGUGCAAGUUCCUGGAGUUAUGCAAGUACCUAAAAAUCUGAACUUUUUAUUUCAGGAAGAAACAAAGACCUCAAAAAAUGGUUCUGACUGUUGCAGCUGCUGCAGAUCAAACUUGAAAAUGUGAAAAAAGCAUCAGUAGGUCAGUAACAGUGAGACAGAAUCAAUAGUACAGAGAGGAUGAAUUUUUGUAUGUGCUGUACUGGAGCAUUAACUACCCUUCAGCGGCUCAGUGGCCAUAUCAGACCUUACCUGGGGGAUGCCACAGGGUCAGGACAGACUGGAAGAGAACUGGCAGUUGGUCUGGGUUAGCAACUUAGAGAAGAAAUACCAGCAGGAAAAACAAAUUAGAGCUGUUCUUUCCUCCCCUAUUCCCUGAAUGCUUGUUGUUUGAACCCUUGGAAGGAAACUGAUGAGCAACUAUGCUUUGUGCUGGCCUUUCUUUGAGACCAUUUGUUGCUUGUUUUCUUUUAAAGUCUGAAAUGUUAGAAAGAGAUAAUUAUUCUUCCUAUUUGGCUUGACCUCCUGCUUCCUGGGAGUGUACCUCCCCUUGUACUGGCUCUGUCCUCACACAGUGCUCUGUUGAAAGAAAGUUCAGCAGAGAACUAGAAAAAAGCUUGGGAUUUGGAACAAGACGUGCCCUCAAACAGACGGUCUGAAUCUCUGCAACAUGUCCUGUUCCUCUCUGGAGGUGCUGUGAGGUAUCAGAUGUCAGUCAUGCACUAGGUGGUUCUGAAAUAGCAAUGUUAGGGAAAACACUUCCAUGAGUUGGAAGUUGCUCCAUCAGUCACCUCUCCUACCUUUGUGAAGCAAGCCUUUUACCCAGCUGCAGUUUCUCAUAAGCAGGGAGGUUAUCUGUGGCUAUAAUCUUGAUUGCCCAGCAAAUUGCUGAAUGCCUGAGGAAGCAGGAGGAGAAUGUGCAGCUUCAGGGUGUGUGGGCUUUUCAAUCUGGUUUACAGUGAGCACUGGAGAUUGAGUGUUUAAGAUGCCUCUGGAUCCUGACACCAAUUGUUGGAGUAUUAGACAGCUGCAUUCUGUGCUGAGAGGCCACCCCAGCAUUCUGGAAUAGCCAUGGGAGUUAAAUAAACUGCUGUUUGCUUCAGAAGCUUUGGAUUAUGAGACUGGCAAAGAGUGGCUACCCAAGCAGAGGCAGACCCAAACACUGUGUGAGGCAAGCGUGAAGACUAUGUCUCUGUUGGUGGAGUGAAGGUACAUACUUCAGUUACAGGCUAUUUUCUUCAAUUGCCCAAUUUUCCUUCCCUCCCUCAUCCCUCCAGUAAAUGCUACCUUCCUCCUAAAGGGCAUGGACCUAUAUAUCAUCAGUACACAUGACCAAAACUUUGGUGCCAGAGUCCUUUGUCCUUCAUCCAGCUGCAAAUCUGCUCAGCUCCAUGUGAUGCAGCAGCACAGGGAUUUUCAGCUUUUGUUCUGCUGUUUACAAAGAGUGAAAAAGAUAAAAGGAAAAAUGUUCAUAAAACUAGUGCACAAUUACAUAAAGAAGUGAACUGAAAACCUGCAGCAGGAUCUGUCCGAGGUCUGACCUGGUCAUCUCUCCAAAGAGGAUGUUUACUUGCUCCCCUUAUGUGAUGUCUGUACUGUUCAGUUCUCUGUAAAGCAACAAAAAUGGAAGAGACUUUGACUGUGAUUUCUUACUGUGUGCAAAACAUAGGUGGGCUUUGAGGUACCCCAUUUUUCCUUUUCUCUAAUAAAGAAUUGAUGAUUCAAA